GCGCAGAUCGGCGCAGAUCAUGUCAGUUUACGUCGAGCCGCUGUGCUCUAAGGCUCUAAGGUUCGUGGUCGGGUGUUGUUAUUUAUAAUGUGCUUUUUACUAGUCUGUACAGACAUACACUGAAUAACAUUAUCGAAACAUGUUCGUAUUGUAACUCUGUGGGUGUUCUACACCAUAUGGAGAUCAAUUCAGAUACCGGGAUGCUGACAGAAACGGCGGUUAUGAAUGAGGAAACUUCAACAAUGAUACUAUUUUAAACUUGUCGUUUCGGUUGCAGAGGCCUGUGAUGGCGGUCCAGAUUCUAGAUGAUCACCACUUGGCAAUCUGCGCCAUUGUGACCGUGACCGUGCAGUUCAUAUUCUUCACCAUAGCCGCCACCUUUCAGUUAGACAAGCUGACAGACUUUGCUGGCGGCACCAAUUUCAUUAUACUGGCUCUGCUUACCCUAUUUCUGGCGCAGACUUAUGAUAAUCGGCAAUUAAUGGUCACUGCGUUCAUCUGUCUAUGGGGGAUUCGUUUAUCAGGAUACCUGCUUUAUCGUAUUCUGAAGAUAGGCCGUGACAAACGCUUUGAUGAUAAACGAAGUAAUGUGAUUCGAUUUGCUGUCUUCUGGACCUUUCAGGCUAUUUGGGUGUAUAUAGUGAGUCUUCCAGUGAUGUUCAUUAACUCCCCCCACAAUUCAAUUCCUCCAGCUCCCCGGACAAUGACAACACUGGAUUCUGCUGGCACAGGACUAUUUGUUAUUGGCCUUUUGGCAGAAACAUAUGCAGAUCUCCAGAAAUUCCAGUUCCGCCAAGAUCCUGCUAAUAUUGGCAAAUGGUGCAAUGAUGGCUUGUGGAGAUUAUCUCGCCAUCCGAACUACUUUGGGGAGAUAGUGCUGUGGUGGGGGAUCUUUAUCAUUUCACUGAAUGUUCUUGAAGGGCUGGAAUGGUUUGCCAUUCUCUCUCCGAUCUUCACGACACUCAUCAUCCUCUUCCUCUCAGGAAUGCCUCUUUUGGAGAAAUCAUCAGACGACAAAUAUCGAGACAAUGCGGAAUAUCGUUACUACAAAGCAUCUACAUCUCCUCUAAUCCCAAUACCUCCAUCCUUUUAUGUGGAGGUUCCAAGGUUUUUGAAAUUUCUUCUGUGUUGUGAAUAUCCCCUCUAUGAUUCAUUGGAUAUCCCAGUUCCUGCAACGAUCACCGAGUCCACUAGCAUCUCCCCGAUUCAGUCGCAAACAUAGCUACAGCAGUCAGCUAGUCAUGAACCAGCGACUAGCUUCAAUAAAGCUACAGGAAGUAUUACCACAACUUUGUGAUGUUCUGGUCUCAUCUAGUCAAUUAUGUGCAUCAAAAUAGAUUACUCAGUUGAUUGCAUUUGAGAGUACAAACGUGAAAGUUUGAGCAGAGACCCAAAGCAAGUUGAUGAACACAUCGUGAAAAAUUGUACUCAACUCUAUCAUUGGCAAUAUAACAACAUAUCCAAGACAAGAAUUACCUGCUUAAAGAUGGGAACUGUGUAACACAUUAUAUACUCAUACAUGACAGUCAUUUACAUUUCCGUAUACGCUCAAGUAAUUCCCCCCCCCCUCCCAGCACGCCAUUCCUCUUCCAUCUUUAAUUCUAGGAUAGAGGUCACAAUAUAUGGGAUCAGUGGUGACAAAAUGGAUGACCAAUAUGGACUUACAAAAAAAAGAAGGAAUUAGUUUUAUGACUUCUGUAGUUAAAACGGAUAUAUACAGUAUUUUUAAUGUAGUGAAGUUGUUAGAAAUCUUGUCCAGUUCCUCAGCUAUAAUAUGUCUGCAGGUACAGUCAUGCAUAGUGAAUAUUACAUUCUCAAAGAGAAAGUUCCUGGAUACAAAAUUUGUGAUGAAAGCAGAUUGUAGUAAGCUGCAGAUAUUUCAUAACUCAGCUCCAUGGUGCAGGAUGUUCUUUGUGCAGACAUAGGUACUCAGCUUUUCAAGAAAUUUUUUGUUAUGGAACCUGAAUGUUCAUCACUGCCAUUUGACCCUGUCACAAGUUAGUUUAGACUCAGUUACACCUCUGCCAUGUAUUUCCUUGUCUAUUUCAACAUGUAUUCAACUAUAUUGCUUAGAUGUGCCAAAGUCUCUAUCCGGUUCCAAGGUGGAUUCAGCUCGUAAUAUUCUAAACUUCCAUGAUGAGGGGUUGUCAGCCUUAUGCCUAAUUCUCCACACUAGGGACCACCCUUUGUCAGCCAGCUAUGGUUGCUGAUUCAGCAUGUUCAUGUCCAUGUGCUAGUAGUCUUCUCUUUUGAAAACUGAGAAUUUGCCAUGCAGUUGCCUCACUUAAGAUUGAAUAGGUGAAAGUAAAAGCAGUAAUAUCUUCCUUUAAUAUAAAGCAGGGACGGGUAAGCCUAUUGUGAUAGCAAAUAAUGGUAUAUGCAGUCAACUCUCGGUUAUUUGCAAGCAUGUGUCUCAUGUUAGAAAUAACAAGCUUGGACAAAUUAAAGAACA